AAAACAGGUCAUUUAAAGAUGACUCAGCAAUUUUGCUGCCUACUCUGACGAUUCCCAACAUUCUGUUGCUGUUUUUGCAAGUUUGCAGACCAAAUAAUGUUGAGCACUCGAUAAAACAUCUUAAAAGUAGCAUUCAGUUCCUAGGUUUUCAUACUGGGUCACAAUUUCAACAUCACUGGAGAGGCCCGCAGGGUGAUGAUGGAGCCGCAUUUCCUAAAACAUUUCCUUCGUCCUGAAAAUAUUAAAAUGGAGGAGUCACACCUCUUAGUGCAGGGGUUCUCAAAGUAGGGGUCGUGAGAUGAUUUGGUGCUAAUGUGCUAAGAAGAUGUAUUUCCGUUUUCGUGAAACUGAUAAAAUAUAACUUUAAUGCAGGGGGAAGGUGGCAUUUAUAAAUACUACUUUAUCCUCAUGUUAGGAAUUUAUUCUCAUCGGCAGUCUCCAGCACUGAUUUUGGGGGUUGUAGGCUGAAAAGUUUGGGAACCCUGUCUUGGUGGUGUUCCUGCACUGCAAAAACCGAAUAAAAAAUCGUUUUUUGCAGUGUACCACUGGCCUGUGAUCAGGGUCACUGCUACAGAGGAAGGACAAGAUAACAGCCAUGGGGAGAUCCAGUCGAGGAGAGGACAUCAGAGCGAAACCCGCUGACUUUCACCCGCUGAGAUCUAUCAGCCAACAGGUCGUCAAAAUCUAUAAGGAGGCAGUCUUAGGUUUAGAAAUGUACUGCAGUUUAAAAUGUGGAUCCACUUAACAAAGAUCAAAAGAGUUUAUUGUACAAUCUAAAUUGUAAUUGAGAAAAAAUGCAUGCGUGUGUCCAGAUUGUAUUGAAUAUACUUGUUAAUUACAAUUUGAGUUCAAUAUGAACCACAAAAAUAUUUUAUACUUUCAUCAACAUGUUUAAGAACGUGGAAAUAUUGAUGCGACAUCUCAACAUAUCAGCACCAACAACGGGAUUUAAGGACAAUGAAGUCAAUUAUUAUUAUUACUACAAUAAACACCCAUGCUUACGUAUGAAACCCGGCUUCCCAUGAGCCUCUUGGGUGAGGGAUCCUGCUCUGCUUUGACUGUGGAUCUCUUAAUGGGAUUAUCUAUUCUCAGGACAGAAGAAAGGCCGAGGGAGGAAUGUAUCCAGGGCAGACGUCUGACCGUAACCCUCUCACCGUUAAGACAAACUGAAAACCCAAAUAAACCGGUACAGGGUUCUGGAUUGUUCUGGUGCACGCCGCUGCUGACGCACCGAUGAGCACGGAGGCCUCUCCCCCUGACGCCGAGACACACGGGCGCCACUUACCCACCAUGCCUGACAGCGAGGACAGUGAGCAAGAAACCAGCCAGGUGGAGCCGCCGGUGACCAGCUGGAGCGAGCUGUCCAUCAUAGAGCGCGUGGGCCUCAACAGCGUGGACAUGACAGAAAAGGACUUGGAGACGGCCUUCUCUCAGAUCGCCCUGGCCUUCCGCUGCGAUCAGUACACCCUGAAGCAGAGGCUGCAGUCAGAGGAGCACGCGCGCAACCUGGCGGAGGAGAACGUCCACCUGGAGCUCAGCCGAGGCAGGGAGACCCUGGAGACACUGAAGGGCCUGUGUUUGGACAGCAAGCGCAGCAGCAUCCUGCAGAGGCUGGAGCUCUCCCUGGACAUCCUCGGUGGCACCGUCGAGCGGAUCUCCAGCACGGCAGAGGUGCUUGGUGCCGUCCACCAGGAGGCUCGGGUGAGUCGCGCUGUGGAGCUCAUGGUGGCUCACGUGGAGAGUCUGCGGAGGCGGCAUGACAGGAAUCUAGCGGAGCUGGAGGAAGCUAAAAAGACGCUGCAGGAGCAGCAGCAGCUCAGCGCCAGCAGACACAGCAUUAUUACCAGAAUCUUCCCAGCAGAUCCAGAAAGUGAUAGGAGGAGGAGAAACUCCAAUCAGAGCGUCUUACUGCGGAGAGUCAGCGCAUCGAUCAUCUCUAGCCCCACUCAGGAGAAGAGAAAGCGAGAUUCAAGGAAGAGGACUUUCUCCUGGAAGAAGCAGUCUCCUCCGCUCUUGUCUCCGUCGCUGAGCUUUGAUUCUAGCAGCUUGGUCUUUACUCGAGAGGACAGCCUCCCAAUGGAUGAAAGGCAACCAGACACAGAUCCACCAGAAGAUCCUCCUGCGGACCUUUCUGCUCCCAGCCCAGAGAGCCCACCGACAGAGGAAGUGGCUCCCUCAAAUGAGCAGAACAAAAGCCUCUCCCUGGACUCCCAGCGACAAAGACAGAGAGCCAAACCCGCCGUAUUAAACAAAGGGAAGGGACGAAAGGCUCCACUUAUCCAGAGACAAAUCUCCAUAGGCACGUAUGGGUCUCCGUGUAAGCAGGAUCCUCUGGCGGUCCGGCUGCAUCGCUGCCAAUGGGCGCGCAUCUGCGCCAACCUGCUGGUGCUGUCCUGCGUGGUGAUGCUGACCUGCGUCAUGUGGAAACUUCACGAAGGAGAGUCUGAGCCAUGACCCGUCCAUCUGUACUUCAUCCUCACUCUCUUCGAGGAUUUAGUUUGUAAAAUAAAACCCUUUUCCAUCUC